UGGGCACCUUGAAACCGACAGACCUCAGUUGAGUGUGGGGAAUCAAUCUGAUUGGUAUCCUCAGCUCGGCAAACCCCGGUCCUCACGGAGAGAGAAUAACUUAACGGACAUACACUUGAGACUACAACACAUCACAGAAGACAAAAGAACGCUGUCUGUUGAUAUAAUUGUUAUAUUUGAGUUUUGAAGAAGCCCGAUGAAAAGUCAUGAGGAUUUACAGACUUCAGUGUAGUAGCCAAAACAAACAUUGGGCUGCUAUAAUGGCGGUGAGUAGAACCUGGGAGUGGAUUUGGAUAACGGGGUGCGCGCUGGCAGUUUCCCUUGUUCAACCGUGCGUGAGUCAAUAUCAUGGUGAAAAGGGCAUUUCGAUACCAGAGCAUGGGUUUUGUCAGCCCAUAUCAAUCCCUCUCUGCACGGACAUUGCAUACAAUCAGACCAUCAUGCCAAAUCUCCUCGGUCACACAAAUCAGGAGGACGCAGGGCUAGAAGUCCAUCAGUUUUACCCCCUCGUGAAGGUGCAGUGUUCUAUGGAUCUGAAGUUUUUCCUGUGUUCAAUGUAUGCACCUGUUUGCACGGUUUUGGAGCAAGCCAUUCCGCCAUGCCGUUCUCUGUGCGAGCGCGCACGCCAGGGCUGCGAGGCACUCAUGAAUAAAUUCGGUUUCCAGUGGCCCGAGAGACUUCGCUGCGAAAACUUCCCUGUGCACGGCGCGGGGGAGAUUUGUGUCGGUCAAAACACAUCCGACACAGACAUACCUACCUCGGACCCGACUCCAAACCUGCCCGAGCUAAUGACUUUACCUCCAUUCAUUCCCCGAUCAGCUCAGCCCUUCUCCUGUCCUCUACAACUCCAGGUCCCUUCCUACCUCAACUACCAUUUCUUGGGAGCUAAGGACUGCGGAGCCCCAUGCGAGGCAACCAAGCCCAACGGACUGAUGUAUUUCCGUGAGGAGGAAUUAAAGUUUGGUAAACUGUGGGUGGGCAUUUGGUCGAUUUUGUGUUGCGUCAGCACCCUGUUCACUGUGCUCACCUACCUCGUGGACAUGAGGAGAUUCCGCUACCCUGAGCGACCAAUCAUCUUCUUGUCCGGCUGCUACUUCAUGGUGGCCGUGGCCUACACGGCAGGCUUCCUCCUGGAGGACAAGGUCGUGUGCAUAGACAAGUUCAAAGACGACGGUUACAAGACGGUGGCCCAGGGCACCAAGAAGGAGGGCUGCACCAUCCUCUUCAUGAUCCUCUACUUCUUCGGCAUGGCCUCGUCCAUCUGGUGGGUCAUCCUGUCCCUCACCUGGUUCCUGUCCGCCGGGAUGAAGUGGGGUCACGAGGCCAUCGAAGCCAACUCUCAGUACUUCCACCUGGCAGCGUGGGCAGUGCCUGCUGUGAAGACCAUCACCAUCCUGGCGUUGGGGCAGGUGGACGGAGACCUGCUCACCGGCGUGUGCUACGUUGGCAUCUACAAUGUGGACGCCCUGAGAGGCUUCGUCCUGGCCCCCCUAUUCGUCUACCUCUUCAUCGGCACGUCCUUCCUGCUGGCCGGUUUCGUGUCGCUGUUCCGGAUCCGCACCAUCAUGAAGCACGACGGCACCAAGACGGAGAAGCUGGAGAAGCUGAUGGUGCGCAUCGGCGUGUUCAGCGUGCUGUACACGGUACCCGCCACCAUCGUCAUCGCGUGCUACUUCUACGAGCAGGCGUUCCGCGAGCAGUGGGAGAAGACGUGGCACACGCAGACCUGCAAGCGCUUCGCCGUGCCGUGCCCCGCCCACAACUUUGCCCCCAUGACGCCGGACUUUACGGUCUUCAUGAUCAAGUACCUGAUGACCAUGAUCGUGGGGAUCACGUCCGGGUUCUGGAUCUGGUCGGGGAAGACCUUGCAGUCGUGGCGCAGGUUCUACAAGCGGCUAAGCAACACCAACCAAGGAGAAACGACCGUGUGAAGCCCCGAAGAGGAGCGGGAGGAGGGUCCGGACUGGAGAGGAGGGUCCGGACUGGAGAGGAGGGAAGGAGACUGAGCAUAUCUCUGUCCAUCUCUGGACACGAUGAUGGCGUUAGGAACUCCCAAGGUUUUCCCUUCAGGCCUAGCAAGCCAGCCAGACUCUUGAGUCUUGAGUCCCGGCGGGGGAUGUAAACAAGGCUAGGUCGUUACCUGACUCCUGGGGACAUUGAAUGAACUCACGACUGAAACUUUCAGGACCAUAGUAACGGCAGCCUUUGUCUUUCCAUAAAUGCUUGAUUUAUUUUUAUUUUUUAAUCUUCUUAUUGGAACUUGGAGUUGUCUUAUUUGAAAAGAGACAGGACCCAUAAAAUCCACUAGCUGUGGAAGCCUUUGUAUGUUAUCUUUUUUUUCUUCUUUUUUUUGAAAAGCAUGCUUUAAAGUGAAUACAUGCAUUUUGCCCUAUUUUAAGCCCCACCCAAACAAUUUGAUGUACCAAUUUUUGCUAUGUGCUGCAGAUUUGAUUUGACAUGAGCUUACUGUUUGAAACAGCCAUGUGGUGUAGACCAAAUGAGCUAAGACUAUAGGGUUGAAAUACGCUUGUGGAAAAUGGCAAGGAUCAAGAAAAUGCCCUCGUUUACAGGUCACUUAUUUUGUAAAUAUACACUCUUUCAAAGGAACAUAUGUAUUUAUAAGAAAUAUAAUCUUGCUGUUUUUACUGAUUUUCAAUGCUAUACGGCUUGUAUCUGUACAGUUUCACAAAAUAAAAAGCUACCAU